AUGGUCUUGGCCCAAGCACCUAUCAUGAAAGCCUGGUUUUAUAUUACCUAUGAGAAGGAUCCUGUCUUGUACAUGUACCAGCUUCUAGAUGAUUAUAAAGAAGGAGACCUCCGUAUCAUGCCAGAGUCCAGUGAGUCUCCUCCAGCAGAGAGGGAGCCAGGAGGAGUUGUAGAUGGCCUGAUAGGUAAACAUGUGGAAUAUACCAAAGAAGAUGGCUCCAAACGGAUUGGCAUGGUCAUUCACCAAGUGGAAGCCAAACCCUCUGUGUAUUUCAUCAAGUUUGAUGAUGAUUUCCAUAUCUAUGUCUAUGAUUUGGUGAAAAAGUCCUAACUGUUAGGGUAAACUUUGCCACAUUUGUGAAAACAAACGUAUAAUUUGUAGACAUGCAAAAUAAUGUUGCUUUUCAGUGUAUUGAAAGCUUAAGGGUCCCUGUCAAUUCAACAUCUCUGCCAGCAUAACUGUUGUUUUGUUCUGAAAAAUACAAAUUUAUGUGGACAUGACAUGCUGUGUGUAAGGACUUUGUCAUGUUGAAAAGAUUGGGUGUGUUUGGUGGAUGGGGCAUGGAAGGAAGGGACAGCUGUAAAUACAGGCUGUGAUAAAGUUCAGCUAGUAUCAUAAUCAGUCAUCUGGAAUAGGACUUAGCUGGUCUAGUCUAGAGAGGGGGGAGGAGAAGGAACUAGAGAUGGGCUGUGGGGGGAGGGAGAAGGGGAGGUGACUGCAUAGGAAGAGGUGGGGCAGGGCCAGAAUUGGAGAGGAUCCCUGGGGGAGGGAUGACCUAAGAGAGAGGCACCCAACUGGGAGGGGGUGGAGAAUAACAGAGGGAGAGUGAGAACUUGGGACUUAGAGGAAGACAGACAGAAUGCCUUGAGUAGAGAGGGACACAAAGAAGCUUAGAAGAGGUCCAGAGCAAGGGGGGAGAAAGAAGUUGGCAGGAAUCUGGACGGGGGCUAAAGGAUACUCAAAGGGAGGGUCUAUACAUGAGUAAGGAGCCAGAAGGGGAGGAACAC